AUGCUCAAGUACCAGAAGUGGCUCGCUGCGUUUGUCGUGCUGUUCGCGCUAUGGCUACUGCUGCUACGGUACGCAGCCGACCACAUCCAAGACUCGCGUGUACAGGAGGUGGUCAUGGCGCUGCCCAUGUACGUGCUUGUGUCCUAUGGCGCAUACUCGCUGGCGGUGAUCGCACUAUCCGUCAUGGCUGUACAAGACUGCCCCGAGGCGGCCAAGGAGCUGAACCAGCAAGUCGUGGAGGCGAAGGCCGAUUUGACCAAGAAGGGAUUCAUAUUCUAG